AACACCGACACGGUCGCACCUUGGCUGGACUGUACAUUAACUGUAUGUAGGCAGUCAACUCCAGAUGAACGAAGAUCGUUCUCAGUGGCCCUCUUUCACAAGGCUACCCCCCGCUGUCGUUGCUCGCUAUGAGGAGGCUACCAGGAAUGGUCAGUACGAUCUGAAUAGAUCCGAACAGGUCUGGCGCGACCUACAACCGACGAUCAAAGAACAAGGGUACCAAUUGCGUCCCCGCUACCAACCUGAUUGGAUCCCCUCCUGGCUAGGUACGAACCUCGAUCCUAUGUUUUGUGAAGAUGCAAUAAGACCAAUAGUACCCCAUGUUAUCGACGCGAAUCGCACGGAUGGGCUGGUUGUCUCCAUUAAGCGCGUUUCAAAGACUUCCAACGAAAUCACCAUUGGGCAGUCGCUCUCGUCCAUGGAUCUUUUGUGGAAUCCUCUCAAUCACUGUGUCCCCAUACUGGACGUUUUUGCUGACCCAAUAGAACAAGAUACAUCAUAUAUCGUGAUGCCGCACCUUCGACCCUUUGACGAUCCUGAGUUUUGUUUCAUCGGAGAAAUCAUUGAUUUCGUUGGUCAGACCUUACAGGGGAUAUUUUUUAUUCAUAGCAACAGAGUUGCCCAUCGGGAUUGCACUGGACUGAAUAUCAUGAUGGAUGGAGCACCUUUAUAUCCCGAAGGGUUUCAUCCAAUUCGGAUGAACUACUCCACUGAUGGGGUGUUCGAGUUAAAACCUCUUCCUCGAAUCGAUCACCCUGUCCGCUAUUAUUUUAUUGACUUCGGCUUAUCGACCCAAUUUGCGCCUGGUGACCCCCCCUUUGUGGUUGGUGCCAAGGGUAGGGAUCAAGAUGUCCCUGAACUUUCUUGCGACGUUCCAUACAAUGCUUAUAAGGUAGAUAUAUUCACUUUGGGUAAUCUGUACCGGAAAGAGCUUUUUGAAAAAUAUUACAACCUUGAUUUUCUUGUGCCGCUCAUCGAAAUAAUGACUCAAGAGGACCCCAAUUUACGACCUUCCGCUUCCGUUGCUAUGGCUGCAUUUCGUCGAAUUCACUCCAAGCUGGACAACAAUAUGUCGAACUGGCGUCUACGAUCUAGGAAUGAAAGCAUUUCUGAACGUGUGUUUCACGGGACCGUGGCCGUAGCCAAAGGAGGCAUCAACAGUCUGAUUCGCUUUGUGGGUCAAUAAAAAUAAUUCUUGUCGAGCAUAUACAUGUAACGUCUUAUCAAUCAUAAGGGCGGGAAAUUGUUGUUGUAUUCUGGAUUAACUUAUAAGCAUAGUUUCUUAGAAUCCAUAGUUUGAAUGUUACGAUAGAAAGCAUCUAAUCCCUGUAAUAUAUUCCUUGACAUAAAAGAAGUCGAGACCUUGAAGGAGCGC